CUACACGAACCAUAUCUAUGAGAGAGCUUACCCUCGAUAUUUUUCUAUUUCAGGUAUUCACGACUUAUACUCUUCUGGAACUUUCACCGAGCUGGGCCCUAAUGCGACUUGCUAUAUCCGCGAGAUCAUCAGAACUGUUUCCCGCAGUCGCAGGAUCAGACGCAGAGCUGGUGACAUUGACCUCUCUCACGGAAACGUCAAGCAUAGUGGAGACGUUGAGGACUUCCACACAGGCAGCUAAUCUGGGCCAUGCUGAACCCAGAGGCCCGGAGCAAAGAAAACCCAAGAGAUGGCUGCUAGAGUCGUAGGAAAGAUGUUAUCAAUCCGCUCACAAGAUACAUUGCCCCAAUUGAACAUCUGCUGUAAAAUCUGUAGUCCGACGAGAAGGUCUUGUAAUGGUUCUGGGGCGAAGCUGCUGCCUAAAUACCCUGAGAAGUAGUUUCCCAAGACCAAAGGUUGUUAUACACGGUCUAGCUGAAUGAAAAUAGGCAUCUAGGUCCUUGCAGGAAUUGGGACAAAGGGACGUCGCCUGGUACACUGUCUUAUAUCCCAGGAGACGAUGAAGCCGAGCCACAUUUGAUCGGAAGCAAUUGUAUACUCAACAGCCUUAGGUUGAAAUAACUCAUGUGUUGUGGCGCAGCUUAGGUUAACUGUCUAAUGGGAUUUCCGGAGAUAAUGGGGAAGGAUAUUCACUAUAAGGUUGAGACCAUUGGUUUCGGUCUGAAAUUUUAAUGUUCA